GGCACGAGAGCUCUGGAUCAAGUUGGAAAAUGGCGCGGUACUUGGCAAUAAUUUGCAGUCCGUGAAAAGGUUAUGGGUAUUUGUUUAGAAUAAUAAAUAGUUCAUAAUUAACGGAACUGCUAAGUGAUCGCUGCGAGCUUUUCACGGUGCGCUUUUAUCACCCGUGAAAAAAAGGCUUUCGCUAUGGCAGCCAAAAGCUUGAGUAUCACCACGGUCCCAUGUAACCAACUUAUUCAAGACAUCAAAACUUUGCUAUGGGGUACUACCGUCAAGGAAGAGGUUUUUCACCGUUGGGCCCAAGGCUUUUACUUUAGUCCUCAUGAAAAUACAGCCCUUAUUCAAGCUGAAGGAGGACCAUGUGCUGUGAUAGCACCUCUUCAAGCUUUCAUCCUGAAGCAAUUACUCGCUGAAUCUGACAUUACUACAUGGAAGAGCUUGAAACCGGAUAAAAGUGAUCAGUUACUUGUCAAAGCCAUGACAGAAAUACUUGCACAAGCAGUUGAUCCUGCAGAUGAAAAGUACUCUAUUUUUCUUAUUGAUAAGCAGGGCAUAGCCAAUGGUCAACUGUUUCAACCAAGGCCACAGGCAGACGAGGAAUCAGUAUUGCCUGAAAGCUCGUGCGCAACUAUUACAAGUGUACCACUUUCUGAGUUGACAUUGGAUUCUAAUGUUUUUCACUCCCUUUUAAGGCUUUAUAUGUUAAAAAGUAUCCAGGAGGUUGAACAGUUUUUUACAGAAAAUAUCAGUAUGUUCAAGGACCAAUUUGGUGUAUUACUACUUUUGUAUUCGGUAAUAUCAACAAAAAGUAUACCUCAGGUCCGUUUGGAAAUAUCUGAUUUGGCAGAUCCUUUAAUUCAUUCGACAUUUGGCUAUGGGAGUCAGAGUUUGAUUAAUUUAAUGCUGAGUGGCAGAGCAGUUAGUAAUGUUUGGGAUCACGAUCAGGAAGUAGGAGGGCUCAAGUUGAAAGGGAUUGAUAAGCAAAAUGCUGUAGGCUUUUUGACAUUACUGGAAACAUUACGAUAUAUUGAGGUGGGAUCAUUUCUCAAAUCACCAGCCAAUCCAGUUUGGGUCUUAGGUUCUGAAACACACUUGACUGUCCUAUUUUCAACAGAAAAGAAACUAGUAAGUGAAGAGACUCCAGCUGAGCAGGCAAAGCGUGUUUUUAAAAAGUAUGACAAAGAUGGAUACAACUUCAUCCCAACUGACUCUUUACAAAAUGUAUUGUCUGAUCUUGGAUUGUUUUCUGACUCUGAAUACGUUGAAAUAAUGAAGAAAAAAUUAGAUCGACACAAUGACGGUAUCAUUUUGUUUCAAUCUUUUAUGUAUGAAUUUUUCCCUGAAGAACUCAGAACGUAUCCAGAUACAUUUGUUUUGUAUCACUACAAUGGUUUACCAAGAAGUAAUCCAAAUAACAAAGUACAGUAUCACAGAGGCCAAGCAAUUUUAUUAGAAAUUACAGUAGAAUCCAUAUUAGACAGUAAUUCUAUGUUGACGGUAUUACAAACCAAAUGGCCAAGCAUUGAAGUACAGUGGGAUGAUAACCAAAAUCCCAGUAUCAAUUGAAAUGAUGAUUGACUAUCGAGGUGAUACACUUAGAAAAUUGAAACUAAUACAUAGAAUUCCAGCGUUGAAAUGUUGUUCGCUGGCUGGUUAUCAGAGACUAAUGUAAGAUGUAAGGAUUAUAAUGAUAAUGAUGCAGAUAUUAAUCCUCGCUGGCCUUAAAAAAUCUCAAAAAUUUCUCCAAAGACUUGAUGAAUUGUUUGGAGAUAAGAGGUUAUCUGAUGGAUAUCAACGUUUCAUGCUGAAACUCAAUACUAAAGUUCUAUAAACGCUUGCAUUUCAAUACCAUUGUUUGUGUUUUUAAAACAAUUUGAGUGUUUUUUUCGAGAGCAAUGCUUCUUAGUUCACAGCUUUAUGAAAGUAAAACUCUAUGUAUUCUUUUUGAAAGAUUUAUUAUAAAAUCACUUAUUCCAAAACAAUGUUAUAAAUGUACAAAAAACUGUGAAUAAUAGAUAAAGUCAAGAAUAGUUUGUACUAUAAGUUUGCAUGAUUUUAGGAUUGAUUUUUGUAACUUAAAUUGAAAGAACACCGUCGUUAAUUUAUAAUAAAAUUAG